AUGUCCUGCCAUGACAACAAAGAAACCCAAACCCUACAGGAUAAUGCCAAGAGGUGGGAUGACGCCGAUGGUACUGAUGAUGUGUUAGACAAUGAAAAUGGCGUUACCGAUAAGGAAAAUCAGACUGUGCUCGACAGUGGCCAUUGCGAAGAAGUCAUUGGAGAGGAUUUAAUAGAGGACACCCAAGACGAAGACCAAGAUAGAGAUGUAUCCGACGAAAAAAGCCUUGAUGUCGACCAAGAUAGUAUGAACCAAGUUUACGAAGAGGAAAUUUGCGUUGUUAAUGACAAUGAAAACAGGGAUAAUGACAACAGCGAAAACCUCGACUUCGGUGAAAGUGAAAAUCGAAAGGCAGACGACAAGGAAAAUCUUGAGGUUUAUGCCGAUGAAAACAGGGAUAUUGAUGAUGAUGAUGACACUACGGGGGUUUAUGAUGAUAGAAAUCGCGAUUUUGGAAACCGCGAUGUUGACGAAGAGGGAAACCUUGAUGUUGAUGACGACGAAAACCGUGAUGUUGACGACGAUGAAAACCGCGAUGUUGACGACGAUGAAAACCGUGAUGUUGAUGACGAUAAAAAGUGCGGUGAGCCCGCAGACGAAACUCAGGAUGCUGCUGCGAAUGGUCUCCGCGAUAUACUCGUCGAUGAAAAUCACGAUGAGCCUGAAGACGAUGGUUACGAGAACUGUGAUGUAGCAGAAGACGAGACAUCACAAACAAAACCAUUGCUGGAUUCCUCGAAGACAGGGGCUUUCAUGCCUUCUGACAUGUUCCAUGAAGCACAUGACUUGAAAAACGAUCUCGUCGUUGAGAAACGAGAUCAGGUCACGUGUUCAAGUGAGCGUGAGUACGCUGAAGGAGAGUUUGUGACAGAGCCUCAUGAGGAAGCCUCAGCUGGAGAAGGUAGUCCCUGGUCACGUGGUGAGCGAAAGUUUGAGAGCUGGCACAGAGCUGUUCCCUGUCUGACCAGAGAAGUGGGGCUAAUGAUGUGCGACAACACCAGCAUGGAAUGUACUGAAACAGAUAACGUUGACAACGAGGAAGAUGACGAAAAGCAGAUGAAAAAGACAUUUUCUCGAGCAGGAAGAACAGGGCACCGGACAUGGACAGCCACAUCGACACUGAUGACCACGAUACGACAGAUACCACUGUUCUUCGGACUUCUUCCUCUAAGGUCAGAGGUAGGUCUCCCCGGCAGACAUUUGAAGAAAAAGAAAUUCAAAAGAUGA